CUUAAUAGCAGAAGUAUGGCUCACGACAAAACCUAUCUUAUCGCACGAGGCAAAUAUAUAAAUGAUUUCAACGUCAGUCACUGGCAUACGUCUCUUAGCUCUUCAAAGAACAUAAAGUACGUUCAGCCACGAGUUUUUUCAAAAAUGAAAGGUCUUCUACUUGUAUUGAUUUUCGCUGCAGCGAAACAGAGUGGCAUUCUAGGAAGAACUAUUAAUGAUGAAAUUACCUCGCAACAAAUGAUAAAUCAAACGCCUGAUAUUAAAAUGCGUAUUAAUCAGAUUAAGGAUUUGGCUACUGCCUUCGGAAAAAAUAUAACAGAAACUUUAACUCAAAAUAUUACUACCGAACUAGAAAAGCACUCUAUUGUACUCACAGCUGAGGAAUUUUUCAACUACCAUAAACGAACAGGUUCUCUUCCAGCAGAAUGCAAAUCUGUAUAUAAUUCACAAUAUAACAAAGUGAAAAUAAACAUCAGCAAUAAACUUUUUAGAAACAUUACUAAACACUACAGGGAAAAAAACCAAUUUUUAACAAACAUAAUCAAAAAUGGGCUGGAGGAUUUUGAAAAAGGCAAAUCUCAACCAACGUACGCAAAUGAUCUUCAAGUAAGAAUAAAUGAAGCUUUUAAAAUGAUCGACUCAAUGAAAAAAGAAAAACAUGAAGUUUUAAAUGAAACUUUGAAUUAUUUACACGGAGACGAAUGUUAUACAUACCUUCAUCAAAAUUUUUAUUUACCUUUUAUGAAAUGCUUAAAAAAAUAUUAAGUGCUAAUUUAUAAUAAAGAGAUGACAUGCCUCAUCACGGUCGUCAAUCAUUUGUAUCAUUAUAUAAGAACCAAUUUUUAAUGAUUUGGAAUUCCUAUAAUAUUUGUAAUUAAUU